CCCGUCUAAGUAGCGUCUCACGCACGAAGGCUGCCCGUUAAUUUCUUCUAGUUUGUCUUUGGGAUUUCGUUGACGACGCCAAAUAAGGUGCUAUGGAUGAGGAGCAUUUUGUAAACAUAGACCUAAAUGAUGACAACAUCUGCAGUAUCUGUAAGCUGGAGACGGAAACAGGAACGCUGUCCUUCUGCCACGUGUGUUUUGAGCUGAGCAUAGAGGGUGUAUCGACUAACACACUGUUGCACUCCACAUCUUUGCGAGGGCACAGGGACUGCUUUGAAAAAUACCACCUCAUUGCCAACCAGAAGCUCUCUCACACCAAAGCCUCCCGGAGCGCAUACGAAGGUGUGAAGCGGGCGCUAAGCCAGAGGAUCAGCCGCAUCGUACAGUAUGCCCAGAACAGAGACUCCCAGGCCCUGGAGGCACCAGGCCACUGGGGGUCCAAGCACCAGCUUCUUUGCUACACACAGCAGGGCGACAGCAGGCUGGUAGCACAGUCAGACGCCCAGGUGCCACGCUACACCCCGCGCUGGACAGAGGAGGCAUCGGCAGGCGAGCCUCAGGAGCUGGACCUUAUGCAGGGCUCGCAGCAGGGGCUGUGGGAGAGCAAGCAGACCAAUGCACUGCAGCAGUCAGGAGCCGGAGAGCAGAGGGAUGGGGCCAGACCCAAGCAGCACACAGGGCACAGCCGUGACGAGUUGGUGAAAAUGAGUGUAGGAGAGCUCCAUCAGCUGAACUCACAGCUCCUGCUGCAGAUUGAAAAGGUCUUCGAAGAGCUUUCGGCAGCUGUUCAGGAGAAGGACUCUCUGGCAUCUCAGCUUCAUGUGCGCCACAUUGCCAUCGAGCAGCUUUUCAAAAACUGUGCCAAGCUCCCCUGGCUCCAGAUCGGCCGGGCAGGAGUCAAAGCCAGCAGCGCCCCAGUGGAAUGAAAUGUGAGUUGGGCACAAGUGUGUCAAUAACUGCCUCCAGACUAAGGAGGGCAAAGAGAGUAGCCUAAACUAGUGGUCAAAUCUGAAAGACAGAACUUAAGUUACGCCUGAGUGACAUGCUCUUCACUCGCUCAGUAAACUUUUAAGCAGAUAGGAUUGCUGCAUUUAAAACAUUUUUAUAGCUGUACUUGAACAAGAGAAGCAUUGAAAGAAACUUUAGAACUUCAGGGUUUUUGGAGCGACAGAGUGUUUCUGGAACUUUCCUAUGGUUACUAUGCAGACUGAGGUCUUCGUUUUUUAUAUUUUUUUAUAGUUCUAAUGACCAUUGCUUCAUCAACAUAAAUGUGCAUAAGGCGUUUUUCAUGUUGUGGUUUUAUAGUUUUCUUAUUUGUAUUCUAUUUAUUGCUUUUGGUUGUCAUUGUUUACUCUUUUCUCCUGUGAGCUAGACCAACUCAAGUGUGUUUUUACUGUGCUUGAUGGACCAUAGAGUUGGUCUAGCUGAUUUGUUCUGGUGUUGCUCUGGUAACAUUUGCCUAGUUAGUUUGUCUGUGUGUGUCUAUUUCUCUUUGUCUGUGAUCAUCACAGUGGAAUUUCUUAAUGAGAGCUGAACAGGUUAUGGUGUCCAGUUAAAAUGAGACAAUUUUUCUCUGUAGCAAACAAGUGCAAGACACACAACUUUGAAUCAGUUUGGGUUUUAGGAGCUCUGAAGCAAGGCAGACUUUGCCUUGGUUAAUCUUUGAUUAAUACUGAAAAUGUACACACCAGGUUUUUUGUGUGUUUCUUUAUUUGGGGUUUUUUAAGCAUUUAUCUUUUGGAGUGUGUUUUGACUCCCCCCCCCCAAUCCCUGUUUGUGUCUGUGUUUUCCUAGGUAGGUCAGAAUAACCCACUUGGAAAAUUCUUACUUUGAUCAUCAAAGAUGAAUAUAUGUAGGGUUAUUUUGGGGACUGUUCCCUCAGUUAAGCAUGGACAAGCUUAGAAAAAAACAUCUGUGCUUGUUUUGUCAUUUUAAAGGGACUUUAAGCACCUUAAAAGGAAUGCAUAACCAAAGCCUAUGUUGCCACAGGGUGACACAAUUCAAUACUUUUAUUUUUUUCUAAAGGGUUGAAUGCUGUUUAUGAAUAAAAUGAAAAAAUUGACAUUUCAUUUUUUCUUCCCUAGCACUGGGGUUAUCUUUUUGAACCUUAAUCAGAUAUUUCAGUUCUCCCAUUAUAUGCAAUGCUCCUCCCUCUGAGGUUUCAACAUUACAUGUCUUAUGUUUCUUUACUGUUUUUAUUGACAUGAAUAUUUUGCAGUUUCAUGCAUUACUGGUUUAUUACAAUGCAGUUAUGUUAGACCAGAGCGCCAUCUUGUGAUUUUGUGGAGAAUCUGUUCAUUGAAAAUAAAAGGAAAAUGUGAAACAUUUUUUCUACAAAAAAAAAAAUCCUAAGAUUUUUAGAGUUUUUGUAAAAGGCAUGCUGCUAAAGUAAGAAAGAUAUAACAAAAAAAAUCACCUCCUGUAAUCUUCCACAUGGCAUAAACCUGCAUCUAGUUUUGGGUUCACUGAUCUUGAACAGCCGGCAACAUACAGAUAUUGAACAGCGUCACUGCCUUGCAUUAAAGUCUAAGUUAUGUAUGAGUAUUUUAACAUUGAAAAGUUUUAGCAUAAAAUACAUUUUCAUCUAUUGGUUUUAAAGCUUGUACUCUAGACAUACUAAAUUUAGAUACCUGUGUUCUGUGUCUGAGAGGGAGGUGGUGUGGUGUAAGGUUCAUGGGUAUGCUCUACAUAUUCAGCAAUCAGAAAAUUAUACAUGCAGCGCACUUCUGGGAAAUAUUGGGUUAAAGUUCAUAAGCACAUCACUAUCCAUGACAUUCAAAUCAGCACAUAGCAGUAAAAUUGCAUUUGUUAAUAUCACAUUUGGAUAAAUAUUGUCAAUGUGCUAAUAAUAUUAGAGGUUCUAAAAGCAGGUUUGUUAAGUUGUUCUGUACCCUGGAGGCCUGUGUGUACCAUAUCUUACAUUAUAUGCAAAUAUUUUAAAGCACCAAUAUCGUUUUAAAAUUAAAUUUAAAUCCCUCUAUUAAUUUAAGGUUGCACUGAAGCCUACUGAGAGUGAUGCCAAGCCAAUAUGUGUCAUUUCAAGAUCAAUUAUACAUUUCUGCUCAUUUUGGGGGGAAAGGUUGCUUCUGUUCUCUUUAUAAGAGAUGCAAAUCAUACUUGACCCAUCAGGGGUUUAAAUGAAUAACCUUUUCAUAUUUCUUGAGUGGUUUUAGUUAUGUUUUAUGUAAUAUGUGCUUGUGUGUUUCUUGGUAUGCUGUGCAAUGUCAAACUGCACAUCAGUUCUGUCUGUCAGAAAAGGAGCAUAUGAAAGCUUGUGGUAGAGAAUUCUUGAUUUUAAUUAUUUUUAAUAUUCUUUAGAGACAUAGAACUCAUUUACUAUUUAAUGAGUUGAGCAUGCCUCAUUCGUGUUGUGUAAUAAAUUGUUCGUUUCAGAUGAAGACAAGUGCUAAAGGAUUAUGCACAUACUGCCCAACACCCACUUUGUUUUUCUGUCACAUUUAUUGAAUUUGGGAUGGUUCAAGUAAAAUGGAAAUAAUUCAAGUGUAUAUAUUUAUUUCAUUUUUGUUAUCUUCUUUGGCUUUUUAUUAUUUAAUAUCUUCCUUUUGUUAAUCCCUCCUGCAAUAAUGUGUGUUUCUGGAAUGUCCUGUAUGUGAAGGUGGUAUUCCAAGUGAUUUGUAUAUUUUCUUUAAAGCUGGUAAAUAAAUAUGAAAAAAUAUUU